ACACGACCUUACUCUUUUGCAUCUAAGAUAAGGAAGGCUGAUGAUGACACCGUAGUAGUAAUUUCCAAAAAAAAAAUAGUAACAAAAACAAAACCAGCAGUCAUCGGCGGCUGCGUUUCACCUGUGCCACCACGGUUGACUUCACCCAUCCACGGCCUAGAAACAGUGCCUCCUAUUUCUAUUUGUUAAGGUGUUUGAUUAAAUGUUUUGAAGAAAGAAAAAUGAUAUCAUUAUUAUUGAAGUGACAGUGCCAGUGAUGAAGGUGAAGGUAGUAUGUCGAAAGUUAUAUGAUUAUGUUCGCUAUGAUCUUAAAGAGAUAGCUUUUCCAUCCUCAUUGCCAGACCCUCCUCAUAUAAAAAAACGUAGAAAGCUCACCUGGGCUGAGCGUUUUCAAGUGUUGAAAGAGGCUUCUAGGCUUUAUGGUGCUAGCUGGGUGAGGAAUAUAGGUCCUGAAUUACGGCCAAAUGAUUAUAAGAAGACUGAAGAGGAUGAAGAUAAGCCGAAUGAAGCUAGUGGUUUGAAAAAGGAGAAAGAGCCCUCUACAUUGGAAGAUCUUGCUGUGGCAGCUAGAGGAGGCAUGGAGACUUUAAAGCCUGUUUUGCAGCGGGUUUACAUGACAAGGGCUUCUGCGUAUAAAGAUGCUUUGAAAAGUUUCAUAGAAGGGUAUCAAGAGGGCAUUCACCAGAUUAUGGAAAAAAAGUUAUCCCAGUCUCAAAAGGAAAGCGAUAAAAGCAAUAAUUCUACUUAAAAUUAUUUGGCAAGAGGGAAUAGAUGUUACCGCUAUAAGCUCAAGCACAUACUUUUGUCUAGAGUUUCGCAACAAAACGCUCUUUUUGUAAGAAUGACAAUAUCAUUCCUGUCAAAUGUGAAUAUCUUAGACAUCAUAUAUAUUUUGUUUUGUAGAAUAAUCCUCUGUCAUACUGAACUUUACUUUUUCAUUUCUGCGUUUUAACAUGGCUUUAGAAUUUGUUGCUCUCUUAUUUUGUCUAAUAAGAUCAGGAGAUUUUCAGA